AUGUUCGCCGCCCAUGCCGUGCGGCAGAAGUGUCGCCCAAAGCACCAAGUUUUGAUCCUCAAAUGCUACCCUGCUUUUCAGAAAAACGUGCUGGAUGUAAAGCCGAAUUCGAGCGAGCUCAGCUACAUGCUCUAUUAUGCAAGCACGAGGAGAAGCAAGCUACAGAAGGUGGGGGCUUUCUUGGAGAAAAAGACUACCAGCGAUGUUUCCAAAGGAAAAAUAGGCAAUGUACAGGUCACACUCCAGAUACUGCAAGCGCUCAUUGAGAAGCUUCCUCGAGACCUUCCCCUCUACGCGCCCUACAUUCUACGAAUUUUCGGUACCGUUCUACGUUCGAAAGACCUGUCUAUGGUGGAGGAGUCAGUCCCGACCUUCGAAGCUUUCUGUGAGCAUCAAGAUGUCGCUACACUUGCAGCAGAUCAACAGCAUAUUGGACAAUACGAGGACAUUGUAAGGACAUACGCGAGCUACGCAGCGCUCAAGACGCCAGUGCAGCCAAAAGGUGGGCUUACGGCACCGAUAGCCAUAAGAUGGAGGAGCGCAGGGCUGCGGGCAGUGAAGAGUAUCACCUCAUCCGAGGCUGUAGGCGCGGAUGGAGGGAGACAGAUGAACAUCAUAAUGCCAGUCAUUCUGCAGAACCUGCAAUCGGGAGACGAGGAGCAGUUGCGCGAGUUGCAGCGGAAGGUCGAGGCGGUUGAGACCAAAGACGAAAAACAAGCCCAUAGGAGACGGAUGAGCAUUGCCACAGUCCAGACUAAUGAUGGAAACUCGAGACCUAAUUCGGACGCUAUGACUGGCACCGCGGACGAUGCAGAUAGGCUGGCUGAAGAAGAAGUAGGAUUGCAGGCUUUACGAAGCUUGAAGCAAAUAUUCAUGGCCAACAAUCGAGCACAGAUACGACUAGCUACUGAGGCGCUGCUGAAAUUCAUUUGCACGGUAUCGCAGCGACGGCUAGGGACAAGCAAGAGCACAAGACCGAUCCACAAUAGGAGCUGGGCAACUACGUUGAUGGAGAUGUGCACCAGAUGGGCGCCUGUGCAGGAUCGCUUUGUUAUAUUCGUGACAGUGAUGGAGACGCUGGUAAGGAGUCCCGUUGCGGAGGAAAACAUGGAACAACAAUUGCUGCUCGUGUCGUUAGUGGGAUGGCUACUCAGAUCGAACAUUAACAUGAUCGGGCUGAGUGUAAUGGACGUACUGCUGGGCUUGGUGCAGCACAUUCUUUUACUCCUCCAGCUAGGCGGUAAAGGAUCGAAUAUUCUACCACAUCAUCAGCAGACGGACGCCAUUGAUCUCUUCAAGGGCACAGAGGAUCUAAUCGACGGGCCAGCAUCACCCGGCCAAGGAGAGACAAAUGGCAUGAAAACCGAGGAGUCAUCACCGUCGUCAAAUCGGCAAGAGCUGCUUUCCAGAUUGCACAGAUGCAUUGGCGAUCUGGCAACCCAUGUCUACUACUCAGACCAGAUCUCGGAUAUGAUCACAGCUAUCCUGCUUCGGCUGAAGCCUUCUCCCAUGUCAGGUAUCGCGACAGCAGCCGCCGCCAUCGAAGAUCCUCAGGCAGCUGCAAGAGCUAUCCAAGCCUCCGUGCAUUUGCAAGAGAAUCCAGACACUGAUGAAUUCUUUUCCUUUGGCACCGCACGGGUUACAGCGCUUAAAGCAAUCAAGGAAGUGCUCACGGUAGCUAACAUGAAGGGCACUGUCAGUGGCGGUGCCCCGAUUGGACGCAAUCGAGUUGGCGUGCAGGUAUGGGAGGGUACUCAGUGGCUCAUUCGAGAUGAAGACAGAAGAGUCAGAAGAGCCUACGUUGAUGCACUUCUGACGUGGCUCCGGCUGGAGAUGAGCUCCAAUGAUCUUCGUGUUUUAGAGGACAAACGCAAGCUUUUAAGCACUGCCUCCAAAACAGAUGUAAACAGCAGCAGACGGGAUCCAAUGACCAGGAGAGUCGUAUCCAAUGCAUCUAGAAACGAAAAGACCGGCAAGCCAGCCAAGUCAACCUUCCUGCAGUUGCUACAUUUAGCUAUAUACGACAACGCAAUCGAGGCGCCAGAAUCCGACUCUGACCUGCUGCUGAUCCAUCUCCUCCUUGUCAGACUUGUUGAGAAGCUGGGUGUCAAUGCAGUCAAGACAGGACUACCGAUGAUCAUGCGACUUCAAGAAGACAUCAACGUUGACGAACUGAUAUCGACGCCCAUUGCGAAGCUCAAUGUUGGUAGCCUUGUGCAUGGAUACUUUUGGACCCUAUGCGACAAAUUUGACUUCGACACGUCAAAUGUGGGCUUUGCGGUUCAAAGCGAGAUUUCGCGGCGGAAACAACAUGGGUUGUGGCUAAAUACGAUUCAGGUACCACCUUUACCGUUGGAGCAAAUCAUGUCAGCUGCAUCACGUCCGCUCUCGGAAAAGACUCCAUUACCUGUUUUGCAAACAGAGUCGCUGAAGCCUUUCGAUUUACGUCCUGCCAUGGUCGACCGGAUCGCUGAUUCAUACGCAAGCACAGUAGCUUCGCCCCCUACGAGCCCUCCGGCUUCGCCUGGGCGAGUCUUUAGUUUGCCGCCGAUUUCCUCCCAAGGUCCCACGACAACCCCUUUGAAUGGGAGUACUCAUGAACUUCCUCCCGGAAUACUAGAUGUCAUGCUCUCAUAUUGGUCUAAGGAGCUUUGCAUUGCCAAUGUUGAGAAAGAAUCAACACGCACCAUGUCUCUCAAUUCGAGGAAUGGGACGAAUCUAUCCAGAUACCUUGGUGUCAAUGGCCAAACUUCUAGAGGCAUCUCACCGAAUGGAGAUCGCAGCCCCAUCCACACUCGUUCUCCUCCCAAUGAAAACGACAUCACCUCGCAGCCACACACCUUAAACUUCGCCUUCCACAACCAGCACCGCCGCUCCAGUGCACACGACACUGGCUCUCCAACCCCUAUCAGCAGCUCAGAUCAGAGCACCACUCUUCGCGUGGACGAUCUCAAGCGUGUCCUAGCCGGCGGUACCCUCAAUGUUCGGGGCGCAAGCCCUCUCCGCCACAGCACCGCUCGCCACGACUUCAUCCCUUUGGAAAACAACGACCAAAGAAGUAUUUCGUCCAGCUCAGACUCCGUCGUCAGCGCGGAAGGCUUCGAGUCCGCCUCUGAAGGCGACAUCUCUCGUCCCCUUCCGCGGGCUCCAAACACAAUCGCAGAAACCACUCCUAGCAAUCCACCAGCACCUAAUUCCAACCACGCAGCCUCAAGCACCCACUCCCGCACCAGCUGGGUAACCCACCCUCGUUCUCGACCGCAGUCAGGGGAGAUGUCCCCAGGCAAACCAUCUACCCCACGCUCCCUCAGGCGUCCAUCUACCUCCAGCUCUGGCGAAGAUCCAAACGCGAAUGCUGCAGCCCUGAGGGGCGAGAUCGUCCAUCCACGCCUCUCAGGCGAGGAAUUUGUGGAGGAUGAAGUGCCGCCAGUGCCGCCAUUGCCGGCGAACGUCACGGCCUUGCCUACUAGGCCGCUCAGCGUAGGAAAUCCUCCGAUGCAGCCACAACAACAGCACCAAUACACGGAGCCCAUGCCAAACGAGGUCAAGCAGUCGAAGCACGCAAGCAUUGGAAGGAAGAAGGGCGUGGAUGUGAAUGCACUGUUGGGGAGUAUUGACGCGGUGUCGGUGGGUGAGAGGAGGAGGAUUGGAGGUGGGCUGGGAAGACCGCCUUAUUGA